AAGAAUAUAAAUUAGAAAAUUAAAGUAAAAGAUGGGAAAAAGGUAAAAAGAAGAAGAAGUCAAGAUAAGUGUAAAAUAGAGUUAUUUGGUUAAUUUGAGAAGGGUGUUAAAAUUGAAUAAGGUGAGCCCAGGAAGCAGCAGGAGAAAUAGAGAUUGACCCACCACUCCUUUAAAAUCUUCCCCCCACAGGCAGGAGCCACAUCUGACUUGCCAUUAAUGCCCUCAAUUUAGGAACUUAACUCCCAAAUUCAUUUGAUUUGAAUCUGAAUUUCAUUUGGCAUCAUGGGGAAGAAAAUGAAGCUCCCUUCCCUCCUCAACCCCAACAAGCCUUCUUCCUCUCCCUGGCCCUGGCCCUCCUGUCACCAACCCCGAACGCUCUCCUUCAGAGCCCAAAACGACGCCGCUUUCAAAACCAUCAACGCCGCAUACUUAGACUCCUCCGACUCCUUCUUCACCGUAACCCCCGACUCCGGAAGUUUCUCCACCGCCUCCGAGGAAGAUUCUAGAAGACCUGAUUCCCCCGAAACACUCAUUCGCGGCUUGCGUUCUCACCGUUUGUUCUUCGAGCCCGACCAGACAAGUUCCAUAUUAGAGGCCAAGACAGCAGCAAUAACAACAACAACAACGUUGCCCUUCAAAGACAGCGUUGUCUUGUCCGUUGACUCUCAAGACCCAUACGUCGAUUUCCGCAAGUCCAUGGAGGAGAUGCUGGAGGCGCAGUGCGUGAAGGACUGGGAGGGCCUCCAAGAGCUUUUGUGUUGGUAUUUGAAAGUCAAUGGCAAAACCAACCAUGCUUAUAUCGUUGGCGCUUUCGUUGAUUUGUUGUUCUCUUCUUCCUCCUCCUUUUCUUCUAACUCUCCUUCUUCCCCUUUAUCGCUUUAUAGCUCCUCGCUCUCUUCCUCUUGUUUGGAAGCUGAGGUUGAUAAUCACACACCUGCCACUUCUACUUCUUCUCUCUUGUUGCAACAAGUCAGGGAGGACGAGGCUUCAUCGUCUUCUUCGUCUUUUAAUUAAAUACUAUUUAUUAA